AUGAAUCCUUCGCGGUCCGGUGAACUCUUCUGCGUUCGCUUCACAGAGCUCGACAGACUGAUGAGAUGCGCUGUCGCGUUAACGAAUGGAAUUAAGCCCAAUUUUAGGGAGAGUUCACGCUUAGAACCGGUGCGAAGAUCUCACCCCACUUUCAGUGACACGCCGCCGAAUGUGGGUGCGGAGUUGACAGGAGGCUGUUACGGGUUCGCCACGAAAUACAUGCACUGGCCGGAGCAGUUUGUGGUCGGUGGAACGGCGAAAAAUCGCACUGGUCACAUAGUGCGUGCCGAGGCACUCCAGACCACCAUCCAGUUGAUGGGAGAACGAGAGUUAUUUGAACAAUGGUCUCGUCACUACAAGGUCCACAACAUCGACUGGAGUGUGGAGAAAGCUCGACAACUCAUCGCCGCCUGGCAGAAUAAAUUUGCAAAAGCGAUUGAAGAGCACACGAAUAGUUUGGAAGCUGAAGUGGACGAAUCCGGGAAGCGAGGUCAGAACGUGCCUCGGCUUUUGGUUUUCUCGCAAUGUACUUUGGAUAUGCUAUUGUCGAAAAUGUCGGAGCUCUCCAUCAUGAGAGCCGCUGUCGGAAUCGGCAUUGUGGACCAACACUCAGCCAAGCCUUCAACGAACACGAAAGGCCGAGCAGCAGGGCCUAACCGUGUAUCAGUGGUCACCCCUGCGGCACCCAAGCACCGCCGACGUGGCGUCCUGUUGACCGCCUUCACUGUUGCCGCCGGUCUCGGGCUCGCAGCUCUCAUCGGCAUCAACUUCAACGCGACUUCCACUCAGGUUGUGCCGUUCUUGGCUGUCGGUCUCGGGGCUGGGGAUGUAUUCAUCUUGUUUCGCGUGUUCGGAGAGGUCACGAGAACGUCUAUGCCGGAAAAC